AGAUUUUUUUUUUAAACAAAGAAUGGAAAAAAAUGAAUAAAUUUGGGAAACGAGGAAGCUUUGGUUACCCAAAAAAGAAAGAAAGAAAAAAUAAAAGUAUUGAAUGUGGAGAUGAGAGGAAAAAAACACUUACUGUCAUCUUACCCAGUUGCGUCAUCAUCAAACCCACAACACUCUCUUCCUCUUCCCUCUUCCUUCUGCUUAUUUUACUUUUUCUCUUUAACCAUUUUCCCGAGAGAGAAAAAUAAAAAGAAAAGCUUUCUCUGGGUUUUUCUUGAUUGGUCAAUUACACAUCUCCCUUUCUCUCUUCUCUCUCUCACCUUCGCUUGCUUUGCUUGCUUCAUCUCUUUGGUCUCCUUCUUGCGUUUUCUAUUUACUACACAGACCAAACAAUAGAGAGAGACUUUAAGCUAUAGAAAAAAAGAGAGAGAUUCUCUCAAAUAUGGGUUAGUCCACAAUUUUCACUAAACCUCUUCUUCUUAGGAUUGUUUUUAGGGUUAGGGUUUUGAGGUGAGGAGAGCAAGUAUGCGGGAGUUUCAUCCUUUUUGAGUUACUCUGGAUUCCUCACCCUCUAACGACGACCACCGUCGCCGCCGCCGCCGCCGUCUCGACGAAUAUGCUCUACCAAUGUCUGACGACCAAUUCCAUCACCCGCCGCCUCCUUCUUCAAUGAGGCACCGUUCUACGUCGGAUGCGGCGGACGGCGGCUGCGGCGAGAUUGUUGAGGUGCAAGGUGGUCACAUUGUUCGGUCUACCGGAAGAAAAGACCGCCACAGCAAAGUCUGCACGGCUAAAGGGCCACGUGACCGGCGCGUGAGACUCUCUGCUCACACGGCGAUUCAGUUUUACGAUGUUCAAGACAGGCUUGGUUUCGACCGACCUAGCAAAGCCGUUGAUUGGCUUAUCAAAAAGGCUAAGACUUCCAUUGACGAGCUCGCUGAGCUUCCUCCCUGGAAUCCCGCCGAUGCAAUUCGCCUAGCCGCUGCUAACGCUAAACCCAGAAGAACCACCGCCAAAACCCAAAUCUCUCCGUCUCCGCCACCGCCGCAACAGCAACAACAACAACAACAGCUUCAGUUCGGUGUUGGCUUCAACGGAGGAGGAGCAGAGCAUCCGAGUAACAACGAGUCGAGUUUUCUCCCGCCGUCAAUGGAUUCAGAUUCGAUAGCUGACACUAUAAAGUCGUUUUUUCCGGUGAUUGGCUCUUCAACGGAGGCUCCUUCGAAUCAUAACCUUAUGCACAACUAUCAUCAUCAGCAUCCGCCGGAUUUGCUUUCUCGAACUAAUAGCCAAAACCAAGAUCUCCGUCUCUCGCUGCAAUCGUUCCCGGAUGGUCCACCGUCGCUUCUGCACCACCAACAUCACCACCACACCUCUGCUUCCGCCUCCGAGCCUACUCUGUUCUACGGACAGAGCAAUCCGUUAGGGUUUGACACAUCGAGUUGGGAGCAGCAGUCGUCGGAAUUCGGAAGGAUUCAGAGACUAGUGGCUUGGAACAGCGGCGGUGGCGGCGGAGCAACCGAUACAGGAAACGGAGGAGGGUUUCUGUUCGCUCCUCCUACUCCUUCAACGACGUCGUUUCAGCCAGUUCUUGGCCAAAGCCAACAGCUUUAUUCUCAGAGGGGUCCCCUUCAGUCCAGUUACAGUCCCAUGAUCCGUGCUUGGUUUGAUCCUCACCAUCAUCACCAAUCCAUCUCCACCGACGAUCUCAACCACCACCAUCACCUUCCUCCACCGGUUCACCAAUCAGCAAUCCCCGGAAUCGGAUUCGCCUCAGGUGAAUUCUCUUCGGGUUUUCGCAUACCAGCACGGUUUCAGGGCCAAGAAGAGGAGCAGCACGACGGUCUCACUCACAAGCCGUCCUCUGCUUCCUCUAUUUCUCGCCAUUGACAAUCGAAACUAAUCCUCUAAGUUUCAGGGCUUGUCUAGCUUCCAUGCACAUUGAAGCUUGACUUAGAUUGUCCGGAACAGGGAAGGUGUUCUCGGUUUGUGUAGUCAAUGGCCUGAAUCUAGAAAACGCAAGGAAAUGAAGAAAGAACAACAGUUUCAGGUUCUUCUUCUUCUUCUUCCAAUAUCUUAACCUUGCCGAUUGUAAUUUUUCAUAUUUUCACCAGUUAGACCAACGUUCUUCUGUAGCUCAAUUAUGGUUAGAUUCCAAGGUUUCGUCUUGUUGUGUUAUGUUUGUAACUUUGUAUCAUCAUCAUCCUAUUGUUACUGCUCCCUGUUCUUAUUGUGUAACUCCGUGGAUGUUCUAAUAAAGUCUGAAACUUUCUCUUUGGGUUUUACUUUUACUGCUCUGUUCAGGCUAGAUCCUUGUUAUUUAAACAACAUGAGAUUCCUAUUUCUCACGUAAUCUUUUGGUCCCAAGAGAUAUAAGUUGGUCAUUUUCC